AUGCAGCGUGCAGGUGUGCGGCAGCUUGGGCGCAACCUGCUCCUGGCCCGCGGUGUGGCCCCUGUAUCGUCAGUACCGGUUGGGACCGUGGCAUCGACAGCGAGAUACACCAGCACUGCAGUCAAUGCAAAGACGGGUACGGGUCUAUGGAGAGCGGCGGCAAGUCCCCCUGCGCUGAGGCAAUCUCGACUGCUUAGCAACACCGCUGCUGCUGCUUCAAACCCCGACGCGGGGGAAGAAGGGCAAACGGGAACGUACAGCGAAGCAGACCACGAACAUGCUGUCAUUUCAACGUUUGAUCUGUUUUCCAUCGGCAUUGGCCCAUCGUCAUCGCAUACUGUUGGACCCAUGCGCGCUGGCAAUAUCUUUAUAACAGAUCUGCUCGAGGCCGGUUUGCUUGAACAGGUCCACAAGAUCCACAUUACCCUCUACGGCAGUCUGGCGCUUACCGGAGAGGGACACAUGACGCCUUCUGCCUUACUUCUUGGACUGGAGAGCGCUGACGUCGAGACUGUCGACACAUCCUACGUGCCUGAUCGCUUCGAGCAAAUCAAGAGAGAGAAGAAACUAUUCUUAGGUCAAGGGCUCCCAGAGGGCAAGGGCAGAGGCAAGGAGGUGAACUUCGACUAUGAUCAAGACUUCAAGUGGCAAUGGGGCAAGAAACUCGCUCUCCACAGUAACGGUAUGCGCCUUACCGUGUUCGAUCAGGAUGGCAACAUGCUUGCUACCAAUGAGCUUUUCAGCGUUGGCGGCGGGUUCGUUGUCAAUGGCGCUUUGUCAACUGCUGCUUCCCAAGCUUCCUUGAGUAAAUCUCAGGAGGGUGCUCUAGCUACUGCAGCCGACACAGAAGGCGCUGGCAGACAUCCAGCUGACCUGGCGGAGAACAUGUACUACAAGGAGAUCAGACGAUCAGAUGCCGCAGGUGACCGUAGAACUGGCGCUGAGAUAAAGCCCAGCACGGAUUCCCAGGAAACCUCCGCCACAUUGCCCGGUUCCACCGAAUUGGAACUAGUUGAUACGGCCAGUGCUGGCGGUGUAUCAAUGGGCGAGGCGUCAACAUCACACGCUCAACAACCUCGUUAUCCUUUUCGCGAUGCCAGCAGCCUCUUGGCUUUAUGCCACAAACACAAUCUGACCAUUGCGCAGCUCGUCUACGAAAAUGAGAAGAGCCAUGGAUAUACAGACGAAGAGAUCUUUGACAAGGUCUGGCGCAUUUGGGAAGUGAUGGACAACAGCAUCCUUGAGGGCGUACAGGCUCCACUGGACUCUACAUUGCCUGGCUCUCUGAAAUUGCACAGGCGAGCGCCGGCUUUAUACAAUCGACUGACUCGAGGACUGUAUACAACACACACUCAAGCUUCCAGCAGUGCCGAUUCCAACAGUCCUUUGUCAGCUCCGAAGCCAGCUUCGUCGGCGUUGGCGCGGAGAGACAAUUCCAACAAACGAGGGCCACCUCGCAUACACGGUUCCAUCUCUCACGCGGUCUUGCCCUCGCCGUUGAGACGGACAACAUUCCCUGCCAUGGACCACCUAAGUGUAUAUGCUAUCGCAGUGAAUGAGACCAAUGCCGCUGGCGGGAGAAUCGUGACCGCCCCAACCAACGGUGCCGCUGGUAUCAUUCCUGCAGUGCUCAAAUACACUGUCGAGUUCAUAAGUGAUAACCCUGAACGCGAUGUACCAACAUUCCUGUUGACAGCCGCGGCUAUCGGUAUGCUGUACAAGCGUGGUGCAACCAUUUCCGCCGCUGAGGGAGGUUGCAUGGCCGAGGUUGGUGUCGCAUGCUCCAUGGCGGCAGGUGCGUUCGCUGCCUGCAUGGGUGCUAGCCCGGAGAUCAUCGAACAGGCGGCCGAGAUUGGCAUCGAGCAUAACUUGGGGUUGACGUGUGAUCCCAUCGGAGGUUUGGUUCAGGCGCCUUGCAUCGAGCGUAACGCUCUAGGUGCCAUCAAGGCCAUCUCCAGUGCAAACCUGGCGCUCAGCAGUUCGGGAACUCAAAAGGUGCGACUCGACGACGCCAUUCGUGCGAUGCGCCUGACAGCCAAGGGCAUGCGCAAUGAAUUCAAGGAGACCAGCUUGAGUGGUUUGGCAACCAGUGUGCCUCUCCACAUCCCCGUCAGUGUGCCUGACUGCUGA